AUGGGCUACCCCGAGAUUGAGCGCAGGGAACCUCUGCCCGCUGCAGCGCCGCGGGAACGGCGGAGCCAGGGCUGCGGCUGUCGCGGGGCCCCUGCCCGGGCGGGCGAAGGGAACAGCUGCCGGCUCUUCCUGGGCUUCUUUGGCCUCUCGUUGGCUCUCCACCUGCUGACGUUGUGCUGCUACCUAGAGUUGCGCUCCGAGCUGCGGCGAGAAAGGGGAGCCGAGUCCCGCCUUGGCGGCCCGGGCACCUCUGGCACCCUGAGCAGCCCCGGUGGCCUCGACCCUGACCGUCUCAUCACCCGCCACCUCGGGCAACAGUCACCUCAGCAACAGCCGUUGGAACCGGGAGAAACCACACUCCCCCCUGACUCCCAGGACGGGCACCAGAUGGCCCUGCUGAAUUUCUUCUUCCCUGAUGAAAAGUCAUACUCUGAAGAGGAAGGUAGGCGUGUUCGCCGCAAUAAAAGAAGCAAAAGCAGUGAAGGAGCAGAUGGUCCAGUUAAAAACAAGAAAAAGGGAAAGAAGGCAGGGCCUCCUGGGCCCAAUGGCCCUCCAGGACCUCCAGGACCUCCAGGACCCCAGGGACCCCCGGGGAUUCCAGGGAUUCCUGGAAUUCCAGGAACAACUGUUAUGGGGCCACCUGGUCCUCCAGGUCCUCCUGGUCCUCAAGGACCCCCUGGCCUCCAGGGACCUUCUGGUGCUGCUGAUAAAGCUGGAACUCGAGAAAACCAGCCAGCUGUGGUGCAUCUACAGGGCCAAGGGUCAGCAAUUCAAGUCAAGAAUGAUCUUUCAGGUGGAGUGCUCAAUGACUGGUCCCGCAUCACUAUGAACCCCAAGGUGUUUAAGCUGCACCCCCGCAGCGGGGAGCUGGAGGUACUGGUGGACGGCACCUACUUCAUCUAUAGUCAGGUAGAAGUAUACUACAUCAACUUCACUGACUUUGCCAGCUAUGAGGUGGUGGUAGACGAGAAGCCCUUCCUGCAGUGCACCCGCAGCAUCGAGACGGGCAAGACCAACUACAACACUUGCUAUACUGCGGGCGUCUGCCUCCUCAAGGCCCGGCAGAAGAUCGCUGUGAAGAUGGUGCACGCCGACAUCUCUAUCAAUAUGAGCAAGCACACCACCUUCUUUGGGGCCAUCAGGCUGGGCGAAGCCCCUGCAUCCUAG